AUGAACCAUUGUCGCGAGCUAGCUACGUUCCCUUUAAUCAAACGUCAGACAGACCAGCUUUUGUUGUCUCUUGAACGGUCCGGGCAGGCUAGCCCUACUGCCUAUUCCCAAUGUGAAACCAGUCUGUCAGACAGAACUAGCUCUAUUGUCUACUCCCUAUGUGAAACCAGUCUGUCAGGCAGAGCUAGCCCUACUGUUUACUCCCUAUGUGAAACCAGUUUGUCAGAGCUAGCCCUCCCUAUUGUCUGCUCCCUAUCUGAGAUCAGACUGUCGGACAGAGAUAGCCCUAUUGUUUCACUCUGUGACAGGGCACCAAGUGCUCUCUCCUUACCUGAGACCUACGAUUAUUUCUUCUCGGACUUUGAGGCAGGGAAUAUUUUCUUUCCUUCGAUCCGGAGUCUCAGCGCAGACACAGGCGUUCCCAUUUUUUCCUGCUCUCGCUCGGUAAAGCGGGAGUUCCAGUUCGCCGAGGAGUACGAUUGUGUCUUUCCUGAAGAGUCACCAGUUGAAUCCGAAGAUGAGGAUAGGCACUCACCAAUCCACGUGGUCACAUGCUUCGACGACCAGCCCCAUGGACCCCUGGAUGCCUUGGAUGAACACUUUUUCAUAGACAAGGACUGGCGGGGGAGUCUCUUCGGGAGGAACCUGCUGUCCCUCCGAAGACUGAGGUUCACAGGAGGGCUGUACAGCUCUCGUGAUAGGUCCACCUCCUGGGCAUUUGCAGCCACAGGCUGGAGGGAAAGAUCAUCGCUCUUCAGCACCACAGACCCAGGCAAUCCCAUGGAUGAUCGAGGCCGCAGCCAUUCUCAUCCUAACCUCUACCUGGAGAACCAGCUCUGUAACGAAUUCAGGGAGCAGAGAGACACAGGCAUGCAAGCGGUGGUCUCUUUCCCAAGAAAGGGCUUCCUCUUCACGCUCAGACAGUCUGAUAUAUGCUUGGUUUGCAUUGCCUUUGCCUCCUGGGUCCUGAAGUCUGCCAACCCACAGUCAGCAGACACUUGGAAAACAGCUCUCCUGGCGAACGUGAGUGCGAUCUCAGCUAUUCAGUACCUGCGGAGGUACAUGCGAGAGGACGCAUCAGAGAACAAGAGAUGAUGUCUCCAGGCUGUCCGGUUCAGUCCCGUCUUCCGCAAAGACUUUCCGGGGCAUUCUACUUGGGACCAGAGCUCGUGAGUGGUUUGGUGCCGAUUCACUGUGAUGUACUUUUCCUCCGGUAGUGGUGCAAGGUUAAGACAAUCUUACAAACCUAUGUUUAUUUUGAAACUGUUGUGCGUGUAGUGCCAUCAUUAUUUACUCUUCAUAUUGCUGCUUGAUAAUAUUUUCUUAUAAAGUAAUUAUUUUUAUAUAUAAAUUAGACUACAUUUUGUUGCAUUGUCCUUUCAUCAAUGCAGACAUUUGCCGAAGGAAAAGGUUUCUUCUCUGUCGAAAGCUUCUAAUUAAAAAACAGUUGUGGAAAGUACCGGAACAUGAUAGGCUGUGUCACGGGUCACAUGUGAACACCUGUUGUGCUCUGUCCAUAUGCUCUCCUGCCCUAUCCAAGUUCUCCCCAUCUGAGCUAAACAUUCGUUGGUCGGUUAUUGGUAGCAAUGAAUAUGAAAGAUGCUGCUGAUCGUGCCGUUGAUGCUUUUCUGUUUGUGUUAUUGCUGUUCAGUAGCCAAUUCUGUAAACCAAGUUUUGUUGCCAAAAUACUGCAUGUAUUUGGUUUGAUAUUUUCAGAUGACAUGAACUUAGUGAUGGUUUUGUUUAGUUUUUUAUAUGGAGAGUGUAUGUGUUAAAAUGAAUGUGAAUUUUCAGGUAGAAGUGAUUUGUCAAAGAGUCUCUGCAUCUUCAGGGUUCUGUGUUUUAUUAGAGUUUUCUGAGGCGCUAGGGUGUAGACAUGGCAGAUGUGCAAAACACUGAACAUGAAUUUAAUGAAAACCUAAAUUUGAUAUCUGUUCCAAUGAAAUAAAAAGCUUUUUCCUUAAAAAA